GCAAAGCGAGGACGUGGCUGGCUCUAGCUCUGACGUCCAUGGUCCAUGGGAUGGUAUCCAGGCAAUGCCUCUUUAAUUUUCCAUGUUCUAAGAAUCCAGAAGCGUGGAUGAACGUGAGUGAAAUGGUCUCCUUCUGGGGAUACCCCAGUGAGGAGUAUGAUGUGGUGUCAGAAGAUGGCUAUAUCCUUCAGCUAAACAGAAUUCCUUACGGGAGAGGAAAUGCUGGACGCCAAGGUCCAAGGCCCGUCACAUUUCUGCAACACGGUUUAUUUGGAGAAGGCAAUUGGGUUACCAAUUUGGCCAACAACAGCCUGGGCUUCAUUCUCGCAGACGCUGGCUACGACGUUUGGAUAGGCAACAGCAGAGGGAACACUUGGUCCAAGCGACAUCUGGUCCUGUCUCCCAAACGGGAGGAAUUCUGGGUUUUCAGCUUUGAUGAAAUGGCUAAAUAUGACCUCCCGGCAAUUGUAAACUUUAUUGAGCAGAAAAUGGGACAGAAGCAGUUAUAUUAUAUCAGUCAUUCGCAAGGCAUGGUGGCUUUUAUGGCCUUUUCCACUAUGCCUCAGCUGGCUCAGAAAAUCAAGAUGUACUUUGCUUUAGCACCUGUGACCACAGUUACGUUUCUUCGAAGUCCAUUUAAAAAGCUCGCAUUCUUUUCUGAUUAUGGGCUUAAGAUGUUUGGCACCAAAGAGUUCCUACCGCACACUGCCUUGGGUGAGCUGCAGGCACAGAGUGUCUGUGCCUGCUCAAAGACCUGCAAGAGCAUCUCGUCUAUGCUCUUUGGAUUUACCUGGAAGAACAUAAAUACGAGCUGAGUAGAUGUGUACACGGCACACUCCCCAGCGGGGACUUCAGUACAAAAUGUAAUCCACUGGUUGCAGGGAGUUCAAAGCGGUGCACUGAGAGCUUAUGACGGGGGGGAGAUGUAUAGCAGUCUUCACUAUAGACAGCUGCUUCAAAUGGCCAAGAUGGGUCCGCUGCUCUACAACGUGAAGGACAUGAAAGUGCCGACGGCCAUCUGGACUGGUGAAGUGGACUGCCUGGGUGAUCCCCAGGACGUUGCCCUCCUGCUCCCCCAGGUCAGGAACCUGGUCCACCACAAGGUGAUUCCCCAGUGGAACCACCUGGAUUUCGUACUGGAGCUCGAUGCAACCGAGGUUUUGUACCAGGAAAUCGUUGACAUGAUGAAGAGGCAUCCGUAA